UGACAUCGGGAUCGAAAGCUCUGUCGUACCAAACUCAUUUCUCCGUUGAAAUUGCCAAAUAUAAACCUUCAGUAACUCCGUAUGCCUGAUUCAGCAGGAUCUCUUACCUGUGCAGCCGUCGCCAACGAUUUCGACAGAGUUCAGACUCUACUCGACUUGGACACAUGUGAUCAACAAGCCUCGGAUGAUGCAAUGCAUGCUAUGAGUGCUGCAAUUAACAACAAUAACUUGAUGAUAGUCGAUCUUUUACUGCAGAAAGGAUUCAAGCCUUCCGUCCGAGACUUCACCUGUGCAGUCAAAGCGUGCUCUUACCCAAUACUCGCGCUUCUACUUCAGAACGGCCACGAUAUUAAUGAAGUGAUGCAAGAUGACUGUCCUCCUCCGUUGGCUGACGCAUUAUUCGAUCCGGAGCUAGUUAGCUGGCUCCUCAAACAUGGUGCUGAUCCAAAUGCUCGAUGUCGAUACGAUGUUACGCCCUUCUCCGUCGCAGCUAGGUGUGCUUCAAGAGAUGUCAUUAAGUUACUACUUGAACAUGGAGCCUCGACAGACAUGGGUCAACCCUUACAUUAUGCUGUUCGAGCGAAUCGUGAAGACGAGGUUGUCAAGCUUCUUCUGGAAAACGGCGCGUCACCGAAUCGUGUCAUGUUCGAGAAUGACCUGAUAUCGUAUAACCAGUUCCGGUGUUUAGGCAUUGGAACGCCACUGGACGAGGCUAUAUCGCAGUCUAACGACAGACUGGUAAGACUUCUCUCGAGGUACGGGGCGGAACCGAGCACGGCUAACAAGCGUGGGCCAUCGCUGUAGCUCACUGCCUUCCCCCUUAAGACGCGGUUGACAAAACUUGGUUCCAAGCCCGGUCGAAGCGCUCAACCAUACUGUAGAGCCUCAGAGGUUAUAAUCUAGCUAGUGUACAUUUACCAAGAAAACAGCCUGCUCUGGUG